CUCGCUCAUUGUUAAUCGCAGUAGCUUGAGGUGAGCACGUCACGGACUCAUUCCGAAACGGAAAAUGAUUCCGUAGAACCAGUUCUGAUGUAAGUAUGCAGUCAGGAACCCCCCUGAGAAGAUCAGAGGUACGCUCACCGAGGCUGCUGCCCCCCAUCAGAAAUGGAGAUGCGGCUUGUUCUGGUAACAACACUCCAGUAGUCCACAAGUCUUCCGAGCAUAGGUGGUCGCGCUACCACGCCGGGUGCAUGGUCAAGCACCCACUGUACUUGGACUGGUCUGCUGUCAGGACUGCGAAGAAAAUGGGAGGCAAUAAUUCAAAAUGCAUGAAGGCUCAGUCUUUGGCGUCGUUUAAAGAAGGCGAACAACAAGAGAAUGUGGCUCAAUAUUUGGACAAUAAUAAAGAGUUUUUGGAUAACUACGUGUCUGAGCGGGUUGACCAGGAUCUGCUGGAGAAAUGGCUCGCAAAGAAGAUGAAAACUAGCUGUACGAAUCAAUUAGCACACAAUAAGACAUUACAGAGACCGUACAAGGACGCGGGAUGCUAUAAACAUAUAUUUAUGGAUCUGCUUAAAAACUUGAAGGAUGAUCCGAAUGAGCACACGGUCCUCUGGGAGCUCGCGAAAUGUAUCACUUCCUGCAUUGGGGUUGACGCCUAUCGGGUUUACAAAUUGUUCCCGGAUCACCCCACAUUCGUGCAGUAUUUUAAAAUGGAUCAUGUGAAGUCGCCGCAAAAGCAACCAGCUCCAAAGAUCCUUCUCCGAGCUGAGCAGCAACAAGUUGCCUUGGUCCUGGAAAUCGCUAAAAACGCCACCUGUCGACGACUUUCAAGAACCGACGACCCUGCUAAGUUCCCGGAGAUGGCUACAUCACUCGUCAAGACUUUUGGCAUUAAAGCCGGGAAAACCGGAAACCACGUGAUGUACCAACCGAUCCUCACGAAAUCCGGAAAAACCGGGUACUUAAUAGAAAUGUGGAGGAUCCGGGAGCGCUUCAAGGAGUUGGAGGAGCAGAUCAGCUCCAAUUUCGUGGUGUGGGGGAGCCUUGCGCUACACUACUGUAACAUGUACCUGGACAAGAAAAGAGAGCGGAAUAUGUCCGACUUUCUGCUCGAUGUUGUUAAGGCAAUCUUCGAAGAAAUGGUUUCCUUAGACCAGCUGAUAAAACGUAUUCUCGAGUUUGCACAAAGACUCGUCAAUGCAGACCGGGCGUCCCUCUUCCUAGUAGACUACAGGAACUCGGAGCUGGUCUCCACUGUCUUUGACUUGAAGUUCGAGCCAGGCCUGGACAGGGACAUGGAGAAGAAGGAGAUCAGGAUGCCCAUAAACCGAGGAAUAGCGGGAUACGUUGCGCUGUCUGGAGAGACCAUGAACAUACCCGACGCUUACUCGGAUUAUAGAUUUAAUAGGGAGGUAGAUGAGGCUACCGGGUAUAAAACAAUAAGCAUCCUUUGCAUGCCCAUAAAAGUCGAGGGCAAAGUCAUCGGCGUCGUUCAGAUGGUUAAUAAGCGCAACGGAGACACCUUCGGCCACGAAGACGAAGCUGCUUUCGAAAUCUUCUCCACAUUCUUCGGCCUGGCGCUCCACCACGCUCGACUCUAUGACAGGAUCAUGAGAAAAGAACAGAAAUACAGAGUGGCUUUAGAAGUAUUGAGUUACCACAACACUUGCAAGGAAAAUGAAGUUCAAGCAAUGCUGACGAAUAACGAGCCAAUCACAGUAGACCUAGACAACUUCUAUUUGGAUUCGUUCCAACUUGAUGAAUUCAAGAAGUGCAAAUGCGUGAUAACGAUGUUCGACGAUCUGUUUGAUAUGUCCAAGUUCAACAUCAGUACGAUGACCAGGUUCAUAUUGACCGUGAAGAAGAAUUACCGGACGGUCCCGUACCAUAACUUCGAUCAUGGCUGGUCUGUUGCACAUGCAAUGUAUGUUAUCAUAAAGAACGAUGUGCGCAAGAGAUUUGAUUAUAAAAUGCGAUUGGCGCUCUUUGUGGCCUGCAUCUGCCAUGACUUGGACCACCGCGGCUACACCAACAAGUACAUGAGCGAGACCGCUUCCCCGCUCGCUGCCAUGUACACCACCUCUACUCUUGAGCACCACCACUUUAACAUCACCGUCACUAUACUGCAGCAGGAUGGCCACAAUAUCUUCUCGCAUAUAACAAGCCAGGAGUUCAAGGAGAUCUUAGGCUUCAUCAAGCACUGCAUCUUAGCUACGGAUCUAGCAGCUUUCUUCCCUAACUUGGAAAAAAUUAAGGAACUGUUUGUCGAAGACAAAUCGACAUUCAGUUGGAGUUCUCCAGCUCACAGGGAUCUUGCUAUGGCAAUAUCUAUGACUGCUGCCGAUUUGUCAGCAUCCGCAAAACCCUGGGAGAUCCAGAUCAAGACCGUGAAAGUCAUCUUUGAAGAGUUCUACGAUCAAGGAGACAAGGAGAGGGCUGCUGGCCGCGAACCCAUUCCGAUGAUGGAUAGAAACAAACCAGACGAACAGCCAUCGAGUCAGGUGGGUUUCCUCAGCCAGAUCUGCAUUCCGUGCUACCACAUGCUGUACCGCAUCAUACCAAAUACAAAACCAAUGUACUCUAUGGCAAUGAAGAAUUUAGAGCGGUGGAAAUCACGCGCUGAUCAGAUACUGCAAAAUAUAGAGCAAAAGAAAAGGAAAGACGAAAAGGAGGAAAUUGAGGAAAUAAUAAAAGAUCUGGUGAUUAACAGGGAAGAUGUGAGGAAGACAGUUGUAAGAUCGGAUUCAACAACUGUUGUCAGUGAAGGGAAGAGCAGCGUUGUAUCGUGGGAUGAAGAAGAUUUCAUCAACGACGAAGAAAUUGUUAGAAGUGGGAUUUGGAAAGAUAUAGACGGAGAUACGUGGAUCGAAGAUGAUCCAGUUUUAAUGGAGGAAUCUGAUCUGGAUUCUAUUAAGAUAUUCAAAGAGUCUAAGUAAUUUCUUCAAUAUUAUUUUGAUAAGCUUGAUGUUCCAAAGAUAGAUUUUAAGAUAAAUCAUACCGUUCACUUUGUUAGACUAAGUAAUCAAAUGAUUAUCAUAAUUCAUUAAUUAGUUAUAGAUUCGAUUUGUUUAGAAUUUAAGUAGUUGUGUCUUUAAAAAUAAAUAAAAUAAGGCAAAAU